ACCGGAAGUUUGUGUGAAACGCGUGAGGAGGCACCGGAAGAGUGGUUUGAGAGCGCUUUAUGGGACCUAUGCAUAGAAUUUACAGUCGGUAUUAAAAUGAGCUCUAUCGGGACUGGGUAUGACCUGUCGGCCUCAACCUUCUCUCCAGAUGGUCGAGUGUUUCAGGUGGAGUAUGCCAUGAAGGCUGUAGAGAACAGCAGCACAGCCAUUGGAAUCCGCUGUAAGGAUGGGGUGGUGUUCGGGGUGGAGAAGCUAGUCCUGUCUAAACUGUACGAGGAGGGCUCCAACAAACGCAUCUUUAACAUCGACAGACACAUUGGCAUGGCAGUAGCUGGCCUAUUAGCUGAUGCUCGCUCACUCGCUGAAGUUGCCAGAGAAGAAGCUUCUAACUUCAGAUCAAACUAUGGACACGACAUUCCCCUGAAGGUAACGCAUCAGCUUCCUGUUGUCUUUUGUUACCAUUUUUUUCUCUAUGAUCGGGUAUUUUAAUUUUGCUGCAAUUUCAUCCUUGGCUCAUACGACAAAGACGACGGUUCCCAGCUCUACAUGGUCGACCCGUCCGGCAUCUCAUACGGUUACUGGGGAUGUGCCAUCGGAAAAGCAAAACAAGCUGCCAAGACUGAGAUUGAAAAACUGCAGAUGAAGGACAUGACAUGCAGAGAACUGGUUAAAGAGGUCGCCAAAAUAAUCUACAUUGUUCACGAUGAGGUUAAGGAUAAGGCUUUUGAGCUGGAGCUCAGCUGGGUUGGAGAAGUCACAAAUGGACGACACGAGUUGGUACCCAAAGAUGUCAGAGAGGAAGCAGAAAAAUAUGCCAAGGAUUCUCUGGAAGAAGAGGAUGACUCGGAUGAAGACAACAUGUAAACUCAUCCUCUGCUGACGGGCGCAUCUGUUUCUUUUGUUGGUUUUAUAGUUCAUAAACUUUCACAUCUGUUGUCUUGUAUUUGGUUUGAAUUUCAGCUUUGAAAAUAAAAGUUGAAUGAAAGUU